AAGGCUUCAUGUGCUGUUAGAAGUCUGCUUGCUAUAGGUGAGGGCACGUCCUUCUUGCUGAGAUGUAGAAAUACCCAGUUCUGGAAUUGAUGCUCAGGAUCUUCAGGAAGAACUUCUGCUGUCUUGCGGUUCACAGCAGUGAUGAACAAAGUGGCUGGGAUUUUAAAAUGGUGAGUGAGGAACUACAGCUAUGUGACUAUUAAACAGCAAGGAAUGUAAGUUAAGAGCUGAAAUUCAAGGGGUGGAAAAUGAGUGCUUUCAAAAAGCACUAUAGUCUCUCUCCCAGGCCCUUCAGAAGAUCAUUGUCAGAUCAAGAUGCUGGAACUGCUGCAUUGAAGGACUAUCAUUGGUACCACCAAAUGAAAAGCAAGAUGAAGAAUAAACAAAUGAGUUCUGACCCAGUGAAACCUCUCGGAGCAUACAGGUGGCAGACACAUCCUCGUUUUCCCUGGAGGAUAAGCAAAAGAGAGGGCUUGUGCAGCCUGAAAGGGGAAUGCAAUGAGCCAAGUCUUGCCAAAAGUUCUGCAAGCGUGGAUGCUACCAGUGCUGAUGAUCUCCACAAAGACCCAACGGAGAUGCUUUUCCCGGCCAGGACUAGACCGUUUCGGGUCCCCUUCAACCGAUCUCUGUCUGAACCCGUGCCACACGUUGGAAACAGGAAUGCAAAGCCAUUUCUGCAAGCCGUGCAUUCAGUAGACUCUGAACAGCAGGGCUAUUUCAUCCGUGGCAUUUUCUCCUCUCUCUCAAGUGGCUUUUCAAAGAUAAUGAGUCGAAAAGGAGAGCCUAGCAGUGAGUCAGUAAAUGAAGGGAAGACAGAUGAUAAUCAAAUUGACUUGAGUACAGAUGUGAAAGGACCACCUACACACAGACUGUCCUGCGGCCAGUCCCCCUACACCGAAACGACAACAUGGGAGAGAAAAUACUGCAUCCUGACGGACAGCCAGCUGGUGCUGCUCAACAGAGAGAAAGAGGUGCCUAUCGAUGGGGUCCCAGAGACGCAGCCGGAUGCUACCAAAGGGCGCUGCCUGCGCCGGACAGUGAGCGUCCCCUCCGAGGGCCAAUUCCCCGAGUACCCACCAGAGGGGGCCGCCAAACUAGAGGUCCCAGCAGAGAGAUCUCCUCGCAGACGGAGCAUCUCCGGGACCAGCACCUCUGAGAAAACCAACUCCAUGGAUGCUUCGAAUACUUCUCCUUUCAAAGUGCCAGGCUUCUUCAGUAAACGUCUGAAAGGGUCCAUCAAGAGGACAAAGAGUCAGUCAAAGCUGGACAGGAACACAAGUUUCCGUCUCCCAUCUCUCCGCAAUGCUGAUGACAGGUCACGUGGAUUGCCGAAGCUGAAAGAGUCCCGUUCCCAUGAGUCUUUACUGAGCCCAGGCAGCGCUGUGGAGGCCCUGGAUCUUGGGUCAGAAGAAAAAGUCUUUGUGAAACCACUUCACAGCAGUAUCCUUGGACAAGACUUCUGCUUUGAGGUAACCUACUCUAGUGGCAGUAAAUGCUUCAGCUGUUCCUCUGCAGCAGAGAGGGACAAGUGGAUGGAAAACCUACGCAGAACAGUGCAGCCGAAUAAGGACAAUUGCCGUCGAGCUGAAAAUGUGCUCCGUCUCUGGAUUAUUGAGGCAAAGGACCUGGCCCCCAAGAAGAAAUACUUCUGUGAGCUGUGCCUUGAUGACACUCUCUUUGCCCGCACCACCAGCAAAACAAAAGCAGAUAACAUUUUUUGGGGAGAGCACUUUGAGUUCUACGGUCUACCGCCUCUUCACAGCAUCACAGUUCACAUCUACAAGGAUGUGGAGAAGAAGAAGAAAAAGGACAAGAACAAUUACGUAGGUCUGGUCAACAUUCCGAUGGCCAGUGUAACCGGUCGCCAGUUUGUGGAAAAAUGGUACCCAGUCAGCACGCCUACACCCAACAAAGGGAAAUCAGGGGGACCUUCCAUUCGGAUAAAGUCCCGAUAUCAGACCAUCACCAUCUUGCCCAUGGAGCAAUACAAAGAAUUUGCAGAGUUUGUUACCAGCAACUACACUAUGCUGUGCUCUGUGCUGGAACCUGUGAUCAGCGUAAGGAAUAAGGAAGAGAUGGCUUGUGCUUUGGUGCACAUUCUUCAGAGCACUGGGAGAGCCAAGGACUUCUUGACGGAUUUGGUGAUGUCUGAGGUAGAUCGUUGCGGGGAGCAUGAUGUCUUGAUCUUCAGGGAGAACACACUUGCUACCAAAGCUAUUGAGGAAUACCUAAAGCUGGUAGGGCAGAAGUAUCUUCAUGAUGCACUAGGGGAGUUUAUCAAGGCUUUGUAUGAGUCAGAUGAAAACUGUGAAGUGGAUCCCAGCAAAUGUUCAUCCAGUGAAUUAACAGAUCAUCAGAGCAACCUGAAAAUGUGUUGUGAGCUGGCCUUCUGCAAGAUUAUCAAUUCUUACUGUGUGUUCCCUCGUGAGCUGAAGGAGGUGUUUGCAUCUUGGAAGCAGCAGUGCCUCAGCAGGGGCAAGCAGGACAUCAGUGAACGCCUGAUCAGUGCCUCCCUCUUCCUUCGGUUCCUGUGCCCCGCUAUCAUGUCCCCCAGCCUCUUUAGCCUCAUGCAGGAGUAUCCUGAUGACCGGACAUCUCGCACACUCACGCUUAUCGCUAAAGUCAUUCAGAAUCUCGCCAAUUUUGCUAAGUUUGGUAAUAAGGAGGAGUAUAUGGCCUUCAUGAACGACUUUUUGGAACAUGAGUGGGGAGGAAUGAAGCGUUUUCUCCUGGAGAUCUCUAAUCCAGAUACCAUCUCGAACAUGCCUGGAUUUGAGGGCUACAUCGACCUGGGCAGAGAGCUCUCAGUUUUGCAUUCCCUCUUAUGGGAGGUUGUGUCCCAACUUGAUAAGGGUGAAAAUUCCUUCCUACAGGCGACCGUGGCAAAACUGGGACCUCUUCCUCGUAUUCUUGCUGAUAUCACCAAAUCAAUGACCAACCCUACGCCCAUACAGCAGCAGCUGAGGCGUUUCACUGAGCACAGCUCUAGUCCCAACGUCAGUGGCAGUCUCUCCUCAGGGCUUCAGAAGAUAUUUGAGGACCCCACUGAUGGUGACUUGCAUAAGCUGAAGUCUCCAACCCAGGAAAACAUAGAUGGAUAUUUUAGGGGCAAGACCUUACUGUUGGUUCAGCAGGCAUCCACCCAGAGCAUGACUUACUCGGAUAAGGAUGAAAGGGAAAGCAUCUUGCCCAAUGGACGUAGCAUCUCUCUCAUGGACCUCCAGGAUCCUCACACGGCUCACAGUGACCACGCUUCUGUUAUGCACGAUGUGCCUUUGCGCUUGGCCGGCAGCCAGCUCUCUAUCACGCAGGUGGCGAACAUCAAACAGCUGUGGGAAACUCAGAGCACGCCCCAGAGUGCUCCCCAGGUGAGAAGGCCUCUGCACCCGGCUUUGAACCAACAGGGCAGCCUCCAGCCUCUGUCGUUCCAGAACCCGGUUUACCAUCUCAACAACCCAACCCCGCCGAUGCCAAAGGCCUCUGUGGACUCCAGCCUGGAGAACCUGAGCACUGCCAGCUCCCGGAGCCGAAGCAACAGCGAAGACUUCAAACUUAGCGGACCUAGCAACAGCAGCAUGGAGGACUUCACCAAGCGCAGCACGCAGAGCGAGGACUUCUCCCGGCGCCACACGGUCCCAGACAAACAUGUCCCCAUCGCGCUGCCCCGCCAGAACAGCAGCAGCCAAGCUCAGAUCCGCAAAAUGGACCAAGGUGGGCUGGGCGCCAGGGCCAAAGCACCGCAGUCCCUGCCGCACAGCACUUCCUUGCGGAGCACGGGCAGCAUGUCGGGAGUGUCAGGGGCCAUGGUGACUGAACCCAUUCAGAAUGGGAGCCGAUCCCGGCAGCAGUCUUCAUCCUCUAGAGAGAGCCCUGUCCCAAAGGUGAGGGCAAUUCAGAGGCAACAAACGCAGCAGGUCCAGUCGCCUGUGGACUCUGCCACAAUGUCACCAGUGGAAAGGACAGCUGCGUGGGUUCUCAAUAAUGGACAGUAUGAAGAAGUAGAGGAGGAUGCAGAGCAGAAUCCAGAUGAAGUCAGGCAUGCUGAGAAGUAUGAACAAGAGAUAGCGAAGCUGAAGGAGCGCCUGAAGGUGUCAAGUCGCCGGCUGGAGGAAUAUGAGCGGCGGCUUCUGGUGCAGGAGCAGCAAAUGCAGAAGCUGCUGAUGGAGUACAAGUCCAGGCUGGAAGACAGUGAGGAGAGACUGCGCAGGCAACAGGAGGAGAAGGACAGCCAGAUGAAAAGUAUCAUCAGCAGACUCAUGGCAGUUGAAGAGGAGCUGAAGAAGGAUCAUGCAGAGAUGCAAGCUGUCAUUGAUGCAAAGCAGAAAAUUAUUGAUGCACAGGUCAUAAAUGGGGAUGAGAUAAUUCAAACAGGAGAAGCGGAUCGUGUCCCUGGACUCUGCCAACACGCGGCUGAUGAGUGCCCUGACGCAGGUGAAGGAGCGCUACAGCAUGCAAGUCCGCAAUGGCAUCUCCCCCACCAAUCCCACCAAGCUUUCCAUCACGGAGAAUGGUGAAUUCAAAAACAGCAGCUGCUAACUGGGCAGAUGCUGCCGGCCAUCUCCCCAGGAGAAGGGCAAGAGGGAGCAGACUCAAGAAACCUUCAAAGUAGCCCCCCCUUCCCCUUACAGGUUUACAUAAUGCUGCUAAUAAAAUGGAAAAGAGAAAGAAGAACUCUGAAAGGUGGGCUUUAAUUCCCCACUCAAGGCCAGGAGAACCGGGCUCCCGAGAACAAGUCCUUCCAUAUCACUGUGUAAAUAGAGGGAGCUCUCGGGUCAUGUACAGAAAAUCCUGAUGUAAUAUACCAAAAGGAAGUGAAUACUGUAGAUUUUUUUAAUUAUUGCUAUUUUUAUUAUUAUUAUUUUUUUCUCUUGUUGAAAGCACUGCAGUCCUCGGAGGAGGAAGAGGGGAGUGUGAGUGCAUGUGUGUUGUGGGUGAGAGAGAGAUGAGCAGUGGGUUACAUUAGACAGCAGCUGUAUAUAUCAGGCUGACUGAUACAAGUACAUGAGUGGAGUGAAAUAGUAGUGAAAUGAAUUCUAUAAGAAAACUCAUCUGCUGGUUUUAUUCCCCUCUUCUUCAGCUGUUCUGUAACUGAAUGCAAACUCGAUAGCAAACAUUUUAGCAAGAAAAAUUGGCUCUUGCUGGAUCCUGUUCUGACUUUUGGUAGGAGUCUGGCAAAAAAUAUUCAGUCUUUCUGAACAAGGUAAAAACUUGGAGCAGCAAGCUUGUUUCCUUGCAUUUGCACACAGUCAGGCUUCCUGUCAGACAGACAGAGGGAAUCUGCAGUUUUUCAAGGUAGGAUUCUUUCUUUUUUUUACCCCAGUUCUAAUGCAGUUUUAUAUUUCUGUUUUGAGAAUUUACAGACCUGUAAAUACUUUUUUUUUUUAAGACUUCUAUCCAAUCCCCACUUUACGCACCAUGCACCCUGAAGUCACGCUCUGCACUCCACCAGGAGCAGUCAGGUUAGUGCUCCCAGGGAAGAGCUAACCAAAGGGUGCGUGCCCAGCAACCUAGACUUCUGUAUGCCUAGAGGAUUUCUAUAUUUUAACUCUCGUUCAGUUUCACUACUUCAGCCGCUAAUUUAGCCAGUCUGUUCCAAUAAAAGAUGCUUUCUGCACGUUUGUGUUAAAAGAUCUUCCAUUUCCACUGAAAUUUGCCUUUCUCUGGAUAAUCUAAAGGGGUUUUUUAACUUCUGUACACAGCGUUUUUUUUAAGGAGUUUUGACUAAGCUUUCAUCUCCAAUUACUUUCAGUUGCAUUUCAUAGAAGCACACUUACAGGCUGUAUGUGAAUGCAUAUAGAAUUACAAAGUGACCUUCUCAUGGAAGAUAAUGACAUUUGCGAACUGUAAAAGAUUAACAAUAAAUGGCACAGUAUUGUCAAUUCUCAUGAUUUUAUCAAAUGCCACAAUAUUUAGUCUGAGGGUUUUUUUUUCAAAGCCCCAGACUCUAAAGUCAAGUAAUAAAUAGUGUGUGAAUCUUCAUUUUCACUUUUUUGUUAUAUGUUUCUAGCCCCCAAACUCUCAAAGUAAAUAAAAUUAUUGCAACAGCAAUUGAAACAUGCUAACUAACAGUGAGUGUGAAUAUCCAUUCAAACUAGUUAUGGAAAUUAGAAAUUGGAACAGCUGACUUCACAAUCAGACAAAACCUCACGAGGGUGCCUCUGUGCAGGAGGCUUAGCGAACAGUUCAGGCUGCAGCUAGGAACAGGUUAAUGAGGUAACUGUGGGGGUACCUGGCUGAAAUUGUAGAGCCUGGGAUACGGAGCAGGUCAGAGCUGGUUAUCCUUUCUGGCCUUGCUUUCUGACUCUCUAAAGCUACUACAUGCAACAUAUAGGUGUUUCUGAGCCAAUUGCUUCACCUCCUGACCAUGACCCGCGUUACCUUGAACAUGAAGGACUGGCAAUACUGAGGACCCAAAUUCAGCAUCUGUUGUCCUGUUUGUUUGUUGGAAAUUAAUUAAUCUCACCUCUGUGGGCACACGCAGCUUGUGACAGAGCGCAGUAUGUUACCUGUUCUGCCUGAUUACUGUGUUACAAUACUUCAGUUAAAUGUCAUCACACGAGUUUGUUACAUUACUAACUAUGCGUAAGUACAGAGACCACAUCUCCUGCACUGUAGGGUGUGUAAGAAAAGUGUGUAUGAAUCUCUCCUUAGAAAGGUCUCGGCUGCCAAGUUACAUCUGGAGAAGACUUGUCGGCAGUGAGUUGGGAUUUACAUUUAAUGCUUAGUUCUUUCAGAUCGAAGCUGCUCUGGCUGCUCGAAUGUGACUUGGUAUUACCGGCUGAGGAGCAUCCCUGUCUUGUCCUUGGUGUAUCACAGCCAAGUCAGCACUGUCUGGCGCACCUGGGGUUGUGCUCUGCAUUUGCUCAGUAGGGAUUUCUUUUCCAUACUUUCCAAACUGUCUUCCAGCUCCAGGUCAUUGCUGACCGUUGAUAUUUUCUUCCUCAAACUGUGCCUUUAAGUUCCUUCUCCUUUCCUCCUUCCUCCAUCACAGCCACAGGCAGUCUAUCAAGUCUAUCAAUGUGUCUUGUGAGUAGCUCUCUCUUUUACAAGAAACCUUUGCAAACCCCUUUUUGUUGAGUAUUUUUGUGCGAUCGGCAUCUCCCCUUUCCUACGUACUGUAACUACACAGCUGCGUCAUGGGAAAUUUGUUCCUGAAAGUAGCCUUUUCAGAUGGGCAAGUGCAUUGCUUGCUUAUUACACAGUGCAAAUAGUACGGGUGUUCUGUGACUGAGAUGUGAGAGCAAGUGGUCAUAGGAAUAAAUUGACUAGAACAAGGCAGAAGCAGAUACGUCAUUCUGGUAGCGUGUAGUCUAGUGUUACUUUGGGAAACGCAUUUCACUAGAGCCCCCCCAGCUUUCUGGUAAUCUAUUAAAGAUCUCUGGUUCGAUGCUGAAGACUCCAAGGUGUCCGUUUUGGUUUCUGCAGAGAAAUGCUAUAGGGGCAGCAUUUCAGCUCUGAUUUUUAGAGAGGAAAUAAUACCUGCUCCGAAACUGAUACAUUUUGGUGAGGCCUUCAGUGAUGUAUGAUUCAAUAACGUCCCUUCUCCUGUGCGUUUCUUACGCUUGUAGACUAGGAAAAAUUGUUAUUCUAAAAGAGCCCAACCCAUCAGGAUCGUGCUCAUGGCUUGUCGCCAGGCUGGUUGUUUCUACCCUGAAGUGCACAGUGUAUUCCUCGAACUCCCGCUACAGAGGAACAGCUGCCUGUUGACCCAAAACAGGGUGAAGGUUGCAGACUCACAGUGCUGCAAGACUAAAACUGAUCAGCUGCAGAGCAAAAUGUUAUGAUCCCAAGUUCUGCAGGCAGCUGUCUCUCCUGGUUUGUAACCAAGCAGCUUUCUAAAGAAAUUUCAAGCCGACAAUAUGUGAAAAUGCCAACUUCUGUUUUGUCCAGUCUCAUAAAAUUCAAGUGGCACUAAACCAUGUGGCAGCCAAAAGCGCUGUCAGUUUUGGAGCAAGAGCCCUAACUGGGCCUGAUCACAUUUAGUUUAAGAGUAGCAGCCAGUGGGUUUCUGCAGCCAUGAGAGAAGUAAAUAACGCAAAGUCCGAUGAUGAGCAUUACAGACAUUAGGGUUUGGCUCAUACUUUGAGCAAAUGCAUCGGGCUGUGUCUAAUGCAAGCAACUGCUGCUCUCAUUUGGAAACAGCUGAAAUAGUGCAGGAAAAAUUUAAUGGCAUGUAGGAGUAAUACUCGUGUGUUCCUAAGAGUGCAACAGAGAAGUUGCCCCAUCCUGGCUCUCAGUCCUUGCUGACCACGCUCCUCAGUACUGUUUGAGGACAAUUCUUCCCAAAGUGCAAAGCUGCCCAGGCUUCCGAGUUCAGGGUGAAAGCUCUCAGCCCCACGGCAGGGUAGGGAUCUGGAGAGUGCUGUGUAGCGCUGUGGCCUUUUUCCACAUUGUGCACGGUGCCUGCAGUGUGUACAAAGAACUGAGGUGACAGAAUGACGUGGGACAGGCACUGACGGAGGAGAGAGGGAGCGUGGCCGGGGAGUGGCAUCCUGUAAAUGCCCGUUCUUUGCAACUCUAGGAAUUCAGACCCUUUUUUUAAGGGAAAUAGACAGGAUUCACAUCCAGGAAUUACCAACUGUUGUAUUAGAAACAGGCAACUAUGCGUAAAAGCAGAGAGUCAUACAGUUACGCAUUCUGCAACUUUCCUCUCCGGUGGCAUAACUCAGGCAGGGGAUCCAGAGGAGCAUGGAAAGAGAUGUGUAUGUUUUCUAGUUGGAGAAUAUGGGGUGUAUCCAGUAAUAAAUUCUGUAUCCAUCGAAUAAGUCGUCCGAGAAAUGGUGUUUAUGUUCUUGCAGUUGCUUUGGGUUGGCUCAGGCUUGCUUUUUUUCCUGAUAUAUUAAUUUCAUGAUUUAAUGCUCACUUAAACCCACCAGCUUUUAACUUCAUCUGAAAAUUCCAUGAUUGAAGUCCAUCAAUUUUACAGCAGUGCCCGUGGAAUGUGUCAGCAAUACUUAUCUGCUAAGGUCACUGUGUAUGUAUGAAUUCUGUUUGUGUUCUGCAAAAAUGUCUGUCGUUCCUGGAGAACAAUUCCUGUUGGAGUGGUAACCAUUACGUGUAUUUACACCAGUGAUUAGCAUGGUCAGCCACAGGUAUCCAGUUGAGUCUGAGCAAAACGGGUUCAAUUUAGGCUGAUGUUUUUAGGUAUUUCCUUCUCCACAGUAAGUUAACUCCCAUGAGAUUGAGCAUGUCGUUACAGAUCAUGCCUGCCAGGAGUCCUACCUGUAAAAAUAGAUUUUCUGUCUCAAGGGCCUUAAUAAGAGUGUUACUACACAGAACUGUUUUACAAUGAUAGCUCUAAAUAAUUUAUUUUUUAUUUCAACAAAGUACACCUUAAAAAGUAAUAAACUUGUUUUUCAAGCCGUAUUUUUACGCUAGUAGCACUGGACUGUUUGGUCUCUGAGAUCCAUUUCUGCAUUUCAUUGCCUGGGUUUGUUCUAAAGAAGAUUUAUUUUUGUUCUGUGAAUAAUUUUUGAAGGUUCUUGUAAUAUGUACAGAUAUAGAUACAUUUGAGGUCUUUUAUUGAUAUUCCUACAAAGAAUACAAAUAAACUUUAACUUUAAACA